UAUUCAUCAGUUGUUGUAAUACAAGUAUACCUGACAUUUUCCCCACUCUAGACAAAUUGACAAUACAAAAAUUUAAGUAAAAAUCGAUGGAGCAUCUAAAUACCUACAUAUUAUCUAUAAACAGCAACUAUACAAGAAAGUCUGGUUGUAAAAGCUACUGAUAAUGGGAUAAAAAUUAACAAUAAGAAUGUUGGUGGACUUGUUCUGGAUGGAUUCUACAAUCUAUGGAAGGACAAGUUAUUGUGUGAUGUUAAACUUACGUGUCACAAUGAAGAAAUAUAUGCUCAUCGUUCAAUGCUGUUGAUCUACAGUGACUACUUUAAAGCCAUGUUUACUAUAGGUUUAUCAGAAUCGUCACAAACUAUGCCACAGAUUCAGUUAGAUGAAGCCUCACCUGAAGCUUUGAAAUCUCUAUUACUAUACAUGUAUACAGGAUCUUUGUCUGUUACUAAUGACACAGUUCAAGAUUUGAUCGUGUUAACUGAUUUAUUACAAAUGAGAGAUAUUAAAGAACAGUGUUUCCAGUACAUGGAGAAAAGUUUGGAUGUCACCAAUUGUUUAGGUAUGUGGAACUUUGCAGAGACAUAUGGAAGUACAACAUUGUUAGUGAAAGCUAUUUCCUUAGUGAAAAGGAGAUUUCCUGUUAUAGUCCAGACUGAAGAAUUCUUAAAUAUUACAUCAUCAAGGCUUGAAAAAAUUCUCAAGUUUGAAGAUUUAUCAUUGGGUAACAAUGGAGAAGAUGAUGUGUUUAAAGGUGUUGUUAGAUGGUUGGAACAUGAUGUAACUGAAAGAAUAAAUUAUUUCAAAGAUAUGUUGAAGUUGGUCAAACUAAUUCAUGUCUCCUCACCAGUUAUCAAUGAAUUAAAACAAAUGAUGUUUAUGCAAGAAAAUCUGGAAAUAAUGACGUCAAUUAAUUUCCAGAGAAGUACUGAUACAGACUGUCCACCGAGGCAUCCAAUACAAUGUAUUUAUGUUGUUGGGGGUUACCUUCAGUCUAGAACAGGUCCAAUGUGUCCAAGAUUAAAAACAGUAGAAAGAUAUGACUUCAAAGACAAUGUAUGGAAAAAUUCAGAGACUUUACCAGUGUUAGCAUCAGGUGUUCAAGUUUUUAAUAUUCAUGGAAAAUUGUUCACUACUUCAUUUGAAAUGAGUCAUGGAGAUAGUCUCAUGCCUGAUGUAUCAUCUACCCCAGGUUUUUAUGAAUAUGACAAUAUACAAAACAUAUGGAAAGAUGCAAAUGAUUGUUUUGCUCCAAGUGCUGCUAAAGUUAUACACAACUGUUUACAAAAGAGUGGAUCUUUAGCUGUGUGUCCAAGGACCAAUAAAAUUUACAUUUUGUCAGAUAUAGAUAUAUACUGUAUCGAUAGCUCAGUUAAUGAUGGAGAAGUCAGCUUCAGUGAAGCGGAACAGUUACCAAGUCUACAAGAGUUUGAGUCCUACUCAAAUCAUGCAACUGUGAUACAUAAAGAUAAUUUGUAUGUCUUAGGAGGGGACAGAAGAAUAUCAGCAUCGGAAAUAUUUCCUGUGGCAUCUGUUUUUAUGUUUGAUUGCUCUGAAAAUAAAUGGAUAACCAAAACUAGUAUGCAAGAACCAAGAGCUAGAUUUUCUGCUGUUCUCAUGGAUGAUUAUAUCUAUGCAGUAGGUGGGUUUAAUUCAAGACGUUUACGUUCAGUUGAAAGGUACGACCCAGUUACAGACACUUGGAGAUAUAUUGAGAGUAUGAAUAAAGAAAGAUCCCAUUUUAAAUGUGUUGUUCACCUAAACAAUAUUUAUGCUAUGGGAGGUAAAUCCUACUCUAGGUAUGAAGGUGGAGCAAGGAAAGUGUUGAGUAGUUGUGAAGUUUAUGAUCCUGAAACAGACAUGUGGAUAUAUAUAGCACCAAUGAACCAGGCCAGGUGUCUUUUUGGUGCUGAAUUGUUUUAAAUCUACAAUUUGAACUAUUUGAUACUGUGCUGGCACAAAAUCUUUUGCAUAAAGGGGAGAUAAACAUUUAUCAAGUAAUGAUACAUUUAUAGUUUACUGCAUAUAUUUUUUCUGCUGUCACCUUGACCUGACAUAAGUUCAACAGUUUAUUUGUUUUUAUGAUAUUAAAUGAUACUGUUACUUUUUUUUUUAUUUUUGUCUAAAAAGUUGUGAAAGACAGAAACAUGUAUUUUUUUCCCAAUUUUAUUGUUGAAAAACAACAAAUAUGUAAUAAAACUUAGAAAAGUACAUGUACAGUGCAAGAGAUUUCAAUGAUUUCAUUAGCUUUAAUAUGGAAAGAAUGUUAUAUUGGAUGGGUUCUACAAUCCAUUUGAAUACUAGACUGCCUAGCUUGUUUUAUGGUUUUGAGCUUAUCUAGAAAACUUAUAUUCACCAAUGAAAGAGGGUCUGGAUGGGGUUCCUUAAUUUCUGUAUUCUCUAAAGCUUUAGGACAUUUUUCUAUAUCUUUAAAGAUAAUGCUUAUUUUGUAAAAUUGUCAUGAAAAUGAUUUUUACAAUUAACUUUUUCUGUAAUUAGAUGAUUACUUUAUUCUGUACAUCUUUCAUUCCUGUAAUCAGUAUUUUAUUAACUAUUAUUUUAUUUUCCACAGUUAUUCUUUACUCUUUUGCACCUAAGUAUUCUCUAUUCUUUAUAUUAAUUAUUUUUUUUGCCACUAUUCUCCAUUCUUUAAACCCCAUCCAGACCCUCAUAAAACAUGAAAAGAUGUACAGUUCAGAUUGAAAUGUACAACUUACAAACAUUCUCUUCAUCUUAAAUAGUUGACCUGUAAUUUGUAGUAUCUGAGAAACUAACCUAAUCAUGAAAAUUUAACAUAAUAAACCAUGAAAUGAGGUAAAGUUGAUGUGUACUCUUUCUCAUGACCUUGUAUGUACACCUUGCAAUGAUUCUAUGUACCAAAUAUAGUUUACCUAUAACUCAUAAUUGGAAAAUCGUGUGAUUAAAAAACAAUAGUUUUUAUGCUGUCUUUGAACCAUGAAAAUUAGGUCAAGGACAACAGAUAUAUUCCAGAUAGAAAGUUAAGACCAUAAAGAAUCAAUUAACAAGAUAUUGAUUAUCAAGCUCUUUUUACCAUGUCAAAUAUAAAGCUUUAUAGAAAAGUAUACUCCAGCAGCCAUUAGAUGAACAUCCCUAUGUCACACAUCGUUGCAGGUCAGACAAUGAAAAUUAUCAUUUCUUUGAUGUUUGUUUUAAUGUAGUUAUGUGUACCACUCUUCCAAAUACUGUAUUUAUAUGUCAGAUAGAGUUGCUAUUACAUGUACAACCACUCGGAAAUAAAAGCAAUCAUUUGUCAUCAAAACUCAAGAAUUCAUGUAAUAUAUAAAAUAAUGUAAUAUGACAAUUGAAAUUUUAUUUUGCCUGAUGAUAUACAAAUAAAAAAAACCACAAACAA